GGGCUGGGGGCGAGAGCGGGUAGGGUGUGCUUCCUCCCCUCCCUCCUCCUCCUCCGGCGGCGGCGCUCAGGACAUGCCCUGUGCCCGCAGCCGGCCGCCCCGCCGCGGGGGCCGGCGCCGACGGGGGGGCUGCGUUUGGCGGCGGUGAUGGAGAGUCUGCAGCGGCAGCAGGCAGCCCGCCUGGCCCGCGGCCCCGACGGCGCACACCGACGGCCCUCGGGCGAGCCCGAUCCCGGGCCGCCGCCGGCGGCUCCCCGCCGCCUGCCGGGCCCUGACCCGCGCCCGCCGCCCGCUGCCGCGGGAGGGGAGGAGGAGGAGGAAGAGGAGGACGACGACGACGAAGAGGAGGAGGAAGAAGAGGAGCCCCGCGAGCUGCCGCGCCCCCCACACCACGAGUGGACCUACGAGGAGCAGUUCAAGCAGCUCUACGAACUGGAUGAGGACCCGAAACGCAAGGAGUUCCUGGAUGAUCUUUUCAGCUUCAUGCAGAAGAGAGGGACACCUGUGAACCGCAUCCCCAUCAUGGCCAAGCAGGUGCUGGACCUGUACACACUUUACCGACUGGUGACAGACAAGGGUGGCUUGGUCGAAGUCAUCAACAAGAAGAUCUGGCGGGAGAUCACCAAGGGCCUCAACCUACCUACCUCCAUCACCAGCGCUGCCUUCACCCUUCGCACUCAAUACAUGAAGUACUUGUAUCCCUACGAAUGUGAGAAGCGAGCACUCAGCUCUCCCGGAGAGCUCCAGGCCGCCAUAGACAGUAACCGACGGGAGGGACGGAGGCAGACUUUUGGCACAACACUCUUCAACUACUCUCCAGCUGGCACUCCAACUCUGGUGGGCUCUCCCAAAAUGCCUCUGCCAGCACUUAGCAUCUCCACACACAACUGCGGCCAGCUUGGGCAAGUGCAUGCCAUUAAGAAAGAGGAUGGCAUGCUGGCGGCAGCAGUGCCAGGGCGCAUCACUAUCCCAGUGGGACUGGCCAGACAUCACCUCACAUCAGCCCAAGCAGCAGCUGCCUCGCAAGCAGCAGUGCUGGAGCAGCUGCGGGAGAAGUUGGAGACCGGGGAGCCUCCAGAGAAGAAAGUGGCCCUGACAGCAGAGGAGCAGCAGCGGCUGGUGCAACACACACUGCAGCACAACCUUCUGGCCAUGGCUUCCCAGUUCCCCAUGAAUGUCAAGAUCUCCAACCGAGAUGACAGACAGGAGACUGCAUUGAACCUGUCCACCAACGGCAUUAGCAGUAUCAACAUGUCAAUAGAAAUAAAUGGAGUUGUCUACACAGGUGUCCUGUUUGCCCGCAGGCCUCCGGCCACUCCGGCCCCCAGUGGAAGAAGUACCCAGGGCCGACCAAACCCGGUGCCUGCACCAAACCCACUGCUCCCAGCCCCCUCACAUAGCCACACUCCCACCAGCACCUCACUGUAAAGAUGUCAACCCCUGACAAAAGUAGAUGGGGAUCCCCAGGGCCUGAGAGACUGAGCUGUGAAACCCAGCUAGGUCACCAAGGUGGGAUGUGGGACCCAAAGGUGCCUCUUGCUGCAGUGUUCAACUGUAUUCAUGGAAGUCUGGGAGCACCCACGUGGGCCAUUUUGCCGCUCACUGCCACAUGUGGGACCUCUUCCCUAUACAUUCCCUCUAAUAUGCUCAGCUUCCUUCCCAGGCAUUGCCCCAGAGUGACCCACCCCCAUAUGGCACCUGUCAGCCCUGCUGCCUGAGGCACCCCUGGGCCCUGUGUGCUGCAUCCACAUACUGCAGCCUCUGAACCCACUUCGUUGCACCUACUGCAACUCCUGUACACAGCUCGGUGCUUACACAGUAUCCUCCACAUUGCCACAUUCAGUGCUCAUGUUGUAUCUCUCAUGUACUGUCUCCCCUGUACAUCUCUCUACACACACUACUCUCCUUUUACACACUCUUGGUGCACACAUUGCAUCCCCUACUCAGCACAUCCCCAACGCACACCCCCAGUGCACACAUUGCAUCCCCUGUACACCUCCUUGGUGCCCACAUUGCGUCACCUGUUCACACCCUCCAUGCAAACACUGCAGCCCCUAUAAACUGUAACCCCUAUACACUGCAGCCCCUAUAUACUGCACCCCCUACACAGCCCUCCUGCGCUGCCUAAGCUUGCUGCCCCUUCCUUGAGGCACCCCUCAGGGUCCUGGGUGCCCCCUGGUCACCCCAGGGGUGGUGUCACCUCUAGUCCUUGGAUCUUUGACUCAGGCGGGUUACCUUGUGGGGCAGAUAUUGGGGAUAUUGGUGGGAAGGGAGGGAGUGAAAUGUUGCAGGUAGUUAGAUGGGGGUGGAGCUUACUGGGGUGGAGUGGGGUGUGGGGCUUGUGCAAUGGCAGGAUCUUCUUGGUGGGGUCAGGACUGGGAGGUCCAUAAGUGCUCCCCACCACCAAAGGUUGUCAGGUUCCAACGCAGGGGGCAGGGAGACUGGUGGCACUCUGAACUACCUCGUUGGGUCCAGGUGGGUGCUUCCUCCACCCGUGUAUACCCCUGAGUGCCAAAGCAGGCGAGUGUGGAGCAACGCUCACCUCUACCUCAGCACAGGGGGGGCAGGGCUUGGUGCUGCCAGGCUCCCCUCAGCAUUCCUGUCACAGCCACACAACUCUAUGUAUAAUCUAUUAAAGGAAAUCAGCUGCUGAAACAAA